AUGAUUUAUCCUAAAAAUCAUAACAAUUAAUCAAAACUAUAAAACAAAAUAAAUUUCUCAUACCUUUAGAGAGAAUAAUUAAAGGAAGUAUUAUAAUAAAAAUUUGAAAUGAAAUAUAAUAAGUAAAACAGAGAAAUAAUUAAAUAAUAAUUAGAUAAUUAUAUUAAGCAUACCUAAAAUAUAAACUCCAAAGGAAUAAAUUUAUUAGAAGAAAUAAUAAUGAAAUAAAUUAACUAAAAAAAAUAUAAUUCUAAUCAUAUUCAAAAUAAUGAAAAAGAAAAAAAAUUGAUUUCGUAAAAAGAAGAAAAUCAAAUGGAAUUAACAAAAACUAAAAUUAAAACAAAAAGUGAAGAAUUAGACAAAUAUUAAACAUAAUUAGAAUUAUAAAAUAAUAACUCAAAUAAUAAUAUUUAAUAACCCAAACUAGAAAAUAUAGACUUAAAAAAAUUAAAGAGGGAAGAAAAUGAAUUUUUAGAUAUAAAUAAAUAUAAUAAAUAUUUAAAUGAAAAACAAUAAGAAUUAUUAAAAUUAAAAAAGUAUUAAUAAAUAUAAAAAUUUAAGGAAGAUUUAGACAAUUAAAUAAAAGAAAAAAAUAUUCAAAAAGAGUAAAAUAAAAUUGAAGAUCUAAUAUAUUUUGAAAAUUUAAAACUUUAAAUAGCAAAAUAUGAUGAAAAAUAAUUAGAAAGAUUAAAGAAAAUUUAAGAACUGAAAACUAAUGAAAAUUUAUUCAGAUCUUAAUAAAUAUAAGACAUUAAGAAAUCUAAAAAACAAAAUUAUAAAGAAAAAAGAAUUUUAGAUGGCUUAUUUAUUUAAAAAGCAAAAGAUGAAUUAGAAUAUGAAUUACAAUGUAUAAAAUAAAAAAAGGAAAGUAAUAAAAAAAAUGGUGAGAAAUUAUAAUAAGAAAAUAUAGAAAAAUAAAUAAAAUUAAAAGAAAAAAUUAAACAAGAAAAAUUAUAAAGUAUUUAAUAAAUGAAAGAUCAUUAAAAAAAAUUGGAAAAUCAAGAAACUAAAAGAUAAAAAGAAAUAUAAGAUAGAGAUGAAAAAAUAAAAAAAUAUUAAUAAGAAAAUAAAAGGAUAGAAAAUUAAAAGGAAAAAAAAAUAUGGGCAAUAUAUGAAAGAUAAUAAAAAUAUAUAUUAAGAAAUGAAAAAAAAAUUUUGUAAGAUAUGAUAGAGCAGAAAAUUAAAAAAAAGAAUAAAAAAAAUCAAUGUGUGAUUAUUUAUAAAAUUAAAUAUAUGAAAAAAAUUUAUAUCUUUAAAAAAUUAAAAUAAAAAAUAAGAGAUUGCUUAAGAUUUAAAAAAUGA